CUCCCGAAUCGACCCCCUUAUCGGACGUUUGUCGGGCGCGUGCCAUAAGCCUCCGCUCUCUCUCGCUCUCCUUGCCUAGCCGAAAGCCUUGGUAAUUCACCCCAUGGUACGACCACGCGGGCCAGUUCGAUCUCGGCUCAUUCCGAUUUGAACGCAUCGGCGGUGCGGUCGCUCUGCCCGGUCCCGUCCGUCCGUCCGUGUGUGUGCCCGUGUGCGAGUGUGUGUGUGCCUCUGUGUGCAGCGGCGCGAAACUUCGGUAAGGGGGUGCAUGCUUGAAGCAAAACUGCCACCGUUGCAGCGGGUUGUGUCGUGUAAAGGUGCAAUGCGUUGCAGCAAUGUAGAGGUGUCGGAAAGGCAGAAGCAGAACUCUGUGUUAUUAUGCGGUCUGAGGAGACAAAUGUGCAUGUCUCUUGGUUGGGAGUAGCGGAUUCGUUUGUUCGCUGGAUGACGGUUGGAAUUUACAUAUGGCGCACACACGUGCAGCAGAGGGUUUUUCAUCCCUCAAUGUGUUCCAUUUUCUGUGUAUGUGUUUAUUACGGUGUUUUAUGUGGAAAAAUGAAAUGUGUCGCUAAGGCGUUACAGUGCUCUGCUUCGUUACACAGUGCGCCAAGAGAGAGAGAAAAUCAUUCGAGCUAAUUCAUAACGAUCUUCCUUCGGUGAUGCAGAUGAAGCAUGAAUCUAAUCCAUUAACCAUUCGAAAUGGGGUGGGCGUUUUGUGAUAGAGUGUGUGCGUGUGUGUCUGUGUGUGUGUGUGCAUUUGGUAUUCUCAGAGAGAUGAGAAUGGAGAGGAAACUAGAAGGAAUUGGUAAAAAUAGCUUCACCAUGAGGCAGGAUAAAAAUAUCUUCGCCCGACCCUGUCGAUCUCCUCAAAGCCGCAUGUGAUCUCACGCAGAGCAAAGAUGUGUGCAGCUCUAGACUCGAGAACAGAGACUUACAGGGUUUACCGAACAUUUCUCUAGAUGCUGGAAACAAAUAGAGAAAACGGAGAGAAAGUAAACUUGUUCCCUGAAGUGUCUGGAACGAGCGAGAACAGAACGAGGGCGAAGGAGGUGGGAACAGCAACGAAAGAACACUCUCAGCUGUGACGAUCAUUUGAGCAAGAUCAUGUUGGAGUUUGUUCUGAGAAACAUGAACCUCACGAACGUUCGUUGAUGUGACGCACACUGCACCGCAUUCCAGCCAGUGGCAAGGCAAUUAAAACCGAUUAAACCCGUAAUGUAACGCUUAAGGGACAAUGUAACAGCACUGGCCUACAAGCGUUCUGGAGGCUAGGGGCAUAACAAAGAGCCGCCGCAACAACCGCCACGAAUCAACACAGAAAUGUUCCAACAAAAUUGAACUGUUUCGCUGUUCCCUUCUCGAAAUACUUCGAACUCUACGAACACACCCCGGCAGUGCAGUUCGUUAUCAGCGUGGCAUGGCGUAAAGCCGGACACUGGUACCAGCUUUUUGAUAGCGUGGCGGAAUCGGUACUGAUCUCUUGAACCCCGCAUGGGGCAAGGUGGCGAAAAGUUCAUCAGUGUUGUUUGCUGCUGGCGCGGGUUGCCAUCAGCAAAAUCCGAUUUCCUUUCAGUGUGUGUGUGCCUGUGUCUGUGUGUGUGUGUGCAGCGGCGUUACAGCCACCGUCUUGUGAAAUCAUAUGGUCAGCUAAGGUGGGCCCUCGAACAGCAAGAUGGCCGAUCAGAAGGAACGCGAUCUGGAAGAGGCGGUUGCGAUGGAAGCGGUAGCGGCUCCACGUGUCGGGUGCUGCCGGCGGACGAUGAAGUACAUCGGUGCGUACUGGCGCUCGAUGGUAGUCAUCGUUGCGCCGAUGAUUGCGUCGCUCGUGUUCCUGAUCGACACCACGCCCGCCUACCGGUGUAUGUUUGUCGUGCUGACGAUGUCACUGUACUGGGUGACGGAAGCGUUACCGCUGCCCGUUACGUCGAUGUUACCGAUCGUCCUGUUCCCGGUGCUCGGUGUACUGGAAACCGAUCGUACCUGUAUGAUGUACAUGAAGGAAACGAUGCUGAUGUUUAUCGGUGGUAUCAUCAUUGCGCUUGCGGUUGAGUACUGUAAUCUGCACAAGCGUGUCGCGCUGAAGGUGAUCUCGGUGAUCGGUUGUAGCCAGCGGCGCCUCAACUUUGGCCUUACGGUGGUAACGAUGUUCGUGUCGAUGUGGAUUUCGAACACGGCUGCCGUCGCCAUGAUGUGUCCAAUUAUGCAGGCCGUGCUGGAGGAGCUAGAAUCGCAAGGACUUUGCCAGAUGUACGAACGCAGGAAGAAGACGGGCGAAGAGGAGGGCAUGCUCGGCAAGGAAAAGGUGGACGAUGACACCCCGCGGCCAACAAAGACGACCCUCUGCUACUUCCUCGGUGCUGCAUACGCGUCCACGCUUGGCGGCUGCGGAACGAUCGUCGGGUCCGGCGUGAACCUUACCUUCAAGGGUAUUUACGAAAGUCGCUUCCCGACCGCACCCGGUAUCGAUUUCCCGAAGUUUAUGUUCUACAACGUCCCGGGCAUGUUGCUGUACACGUUCCUCACCUGGGUUUACCUGCAGUGGCUGUACAUGGGAAUGUUCAGACCCAACAGUCCCGAAGCGAAGGCAGCUGACAUUGGUGCGGAGGGUGAGGCGGUGGCGAAGCGUGUCAUCGAGACACGAUACAAGGAGCUCGGACCGAUGACGUCACACGAGAAGAGUGUCGCUUUUCUGUUUAUCGUCGCCGUGGUGCUGUUCUUUACCCGCGAGCCAGGAUUCAUUACCGGUUGGGCUGACGUGCUUAAUACGGUCAAGAUCAAAGAUGCAACGCCAGCGAUGUUCAUUGUGAUCGUGCUGUUCAUGAUACCUGCCAACUGGCGCUGUCUGAAGUUCUGCCGCAGCAAUCCAGGACGUCUCCCAACGGAAGCCACGCCCGGACUGAUCACCUGGAAGUUCAUCAACCAGAAGGUACCGUGGAGUCUUAUCUUCCUGCUCGGCGGUGGCUUUGCCCUGGCUGAAGGUGGUCGCGUAUCGGGCAUGUCCGCCCUGCUCGGUCAAUCACUCGCUGGACUGAAGACUCUUCCUCCUCUACUGCUCCUGUUCGUGGUGUGUCUGACAGCGCAAACACUGACGGAGUUCACCUCGAAUGUGGCCAUCUGUAACGUCAUUCUGCCCGUGCUCGCCGAAAUGGCGAUUGCGAUCGAAAUUCACCCCCUGUAUCUGAUGUUCCCGGCGGCUAUGUCGUGCAGCUUUGCCUUCCACAUGCCAGUAGGAACGCCUCCGAACGCGAUCGUCGCCGGUGUCGGCAACAUUGCGAUCAAGGAUAUGGCGGUGGCCGGCAUCGGACCGUCGAUAUUCACGCUGCUCGUCAUCUGGGCCAGCUUCCCGACGUGGGGUGCCGUCGUUUACCCCGAGCUGGCAACCUUCCCCGACUGGGCACGGCCCGUCAUCACGAACGCGACGCUAAACUAAAGGGGAGCACAGUGACAUAGUCUAAAUUUGAGUUGAAGGUGCGUCCUUCUUAUUUCAUUUUCACAUACCGGCAGAUUGUGUAAUGUACUUCGGAUUCUGAGUGCGGCUUGGUACACGUGCGUUAUACAUACAUACAUAUAUUUUUAUUACACAUCUUACGUUAGAACACGGUGUACCAAAACAUGUGCCAAAAGUUUGCCAAAACCUGAACUGGAAGCAGGAGAUGAGUUCAAGCUGGAAGAAAGGGCACGCAAAAAGCAAAAACAAGCAAGAAAAACGAGAGGAAAUGCAUUUAUUGGAAUAACUGCCACUGGUAUGCAGGCGCCAGCAGAGCUCCGUGAUGCAUUUUCAAACCCCGAAGUGUUUAGUUCAACAAGACAGCGAAUUUGUGCAAAUCAAUUGAUCCUAUGGGUUUGGUGUACUUACCAGUCUCCCUGGAAUAAAAUCCUGAAGUAGCGCUGCCCUGAUGGACCGGAUGGUUAAACAUUUUGUAUGCGAAGUCUUCCAGUGUAUGUGUGUGAAUUAGUGAGUGAAAAGUAGGAUGAAUUCCGGCCAGAGGGCAGCAGCAGCAGUAGCAGCAGCAAACGAGAGAACAAUGAGCUACUUAGUGUAAUGGCGACUGAGAAGGGAACAGAUUUUUAUUGUUCUUUUCACAAAUCCUAAACAACUAAACCAUCAGACCAGGAAGACAUUAGUUGGAAUGUGAAGAGAGAAAGAGAGAGAGAAAGAGAGAAAGAGGGAAAGAAUUAUUUUUUCUUAUGUUUUUCGCCAAUAGGAACAAAGUAAAAGGAAAAAAACGAAAACAAACUAUGCAAACUAUGAAACAGAAGCGGUAGAAUGUAGAGAUAAUAAAUAAAUAUACGAUUAUUGUUAA